AGCUGGUCAUUUGGUUUGUGAAUUUCCUCGAGGGAAUCUCGUGUAAAAUGAAAUUUUUCAGUAUUUUUGUGAUUUUUGUGAGCCUCCGGUGUGCCCAUGGGGGCUUUUGGGAUUUAUUCUCAUCAUCCACAGAUAGUGAGAAGGAGGAUGAAGUGGCUGCCAGUGAAGUUCAAUCAGUUUAUUCAGCUCCCUUAGCACCUGCCAUCCCUGCGCCACCACCCAUUUGGCGUGUUCACAGAUACCAUGGAAUUGAUUUGAGACCCGUAGGACCAAUUGCACAAGCUCCACCACAUUCCGGUUGGCCACCAGAAGCUGUUCAUUUAGCCAGAGUUAUGGGUUUGGAGGUACACAAUCUUCCAGCUCCUGCGGAAGUUAUGAAUUUACUGGGUGUGUCAACGCCCGAAGAAGCUCUGGCCACAAUUCAGGACAUUGCAGCCACACCCGAAGGUAUUGCUGCAAUGAAAUCCUUCCUAGAAUCGCGACGUCCUCCUCCACAGCCUGUCUAUUCACUCCCAGCACUUCCACCUGCACCGAGACUCCCACAAAUUCGUCUUCCUCCUAUUCCUCAGCAAAUUCCUCAAUAUGUUCCACAGCAGAUUCCUCAACAGCAUGUUCAGCAGCAGCAGUAUAUUCAGCAGCCCUCUGACUACUUCAUCCCAGCUGCUGCUGAAAGUCAUCCCGUAACUGUUCUCCCUCCGACUCCACAGAGAAUCUCCCCCUAUGAAUCCAGUGGCAUUAGCAUUCACACAAACAAGGAUAUUGAUAAGCUACAGUUGGCACUCACAGAAGGACAUCAUGUUGAUGCUGUGAGCCAUCUCACCAGCUCAGGCUUGAGCGAUAAAACUAAACAAUAAAUCAAUUAAUUAUUUAAUAAUUUUCUUGUAUUUCUUGUGUGGAAAAUUCGUUUUGUCCUCAUUAGGGCUUAGAGAAGGC